AUGCUCCCGACAGUCGCCGCCGCCCUGUUGAUUGCGGCCGUCCAGGUCGUUCAAGUCGCCGGUGCCUACACACCAUGGGAUCAUUUGUUCGACUACCGGGAUGAACAAGUACCGGACGAACGACCAACCAAAUACUGCUCGGCAUGUGAUAAGCCGUGCGGGACCCAACCUGAACGGAGGUCGGCUUUUGCGAAGAUCGUCAACGGCAAAGAUGCACGGGAAAACGAAUUCGGCUGGGCGGCUACGUUGGCCCGACGAGGUCAGUUCUAUUGCGGUGGCACACUCAUCACCAAGAAGCACGUGCUCACCGCUGCCCAUUGCGUCGAGAAUUUCAGCCCCAAAGAUCUAACCGUGACCAUCGGUGAACACGACCGGAAAGUCGAAACCGGCCGCAAAUCCGUACACCACGUGACUAAAAUCCACCGGCACCAAGACUUUCGACUUAGCACUUUUGACAACGACAUCGCUAUCAUUGAACUUCGGGAAGCCGUGCCCAUCAACAGCCCGUGGAUACGCGUCGCGUGCUUACCCAAGUCUGCUGAUACGUCCUACGAAGGUAUCAAAGGCACCGUGAUCGGAUGGGGCAGAUUGGGCGAACGCAAAAAGUCAUCAAACAUCCUGCAGAAAGUCGACGUACCAAUCAUAUCGAACGCAGAAUGCAAGGAUAUGGGAUAUUCACCUGAGAAGAUCACCGGUAACAUGAUAUGCGCUGGAUACAAGGAAGGCCAACAGGACGCCUGUCAGGGCGACAGUGGUGGACCGAUGCACAGACGUAUAGAUUCUUCUGAUACUAUGGAAGUCAUCGGAAUCGUGUCUUGGGGCAAAGGAUGUGCCAGAGAAAACUAUCCAGGAGUGUACACCAGAGUGGCCAACUACCUGGAUUGGAUUAUGGAUCACACUGGCGACGAAUGCAUUUGCGGAGCCGAAAGUUCCUGAACACGUUUUUUCGUUACCUCAUCUUCACAACUCACAAUUGAAUAUAUACCACACUUAAGAUUCUUAUUAUUAUUAUUAUAAU